AUGCCUCUAACUAGCCAUUCCGUCUUCCAAGAGCCCGCGCGGGACAUGUAUAGAUUCGCGUCCCGCCGCAGCGUCGUUCACAGUACCGAGGGUAUAGUGAGCUGCUCGCAGCCUCUAGCCGCCAAGUGCGGACUCGACAUCUUGCGCGCUGGAGGAAAUGCUGCUGAUGCAGCUGUUGCUGUCGCUGCCGGUCUGAACCUCACGGAGCCCUGCUCUACUGGUAUCGGCGGCGACAUGUUCAUCCUCUUCUGGGACGCCAAAGCCAAGCAGGUCAAGGCCAUGAACGGCUCGGGCCGCUCAGGCGUCCAGUACACGCUCGACCACGUCCGUGGUAAGCUGGGCCUCCAGGACGGUGACGUGGGAGGUAUUCCCAAGCAAAGCCCGUUCUCCAUCACCGUGCCCGGCGCCGCGGCCGGCUGGGUUGACACGGUCGAAAAGUUUGGAAGCGGCAAGCUCAAUCUUGCGCGAAUUCUGGCACCGGCAAUUGCGCUCGGCGAAAAGGGCUUUCCCGUUUCUGAAGACGCCGCGUACAGCUGGAUGGCCUCGGAGAAGCAAAUCCGCAAUGCCUCUCCCAACUUUGCCGAGAUGCUCAAAAAGGACCCCUCGGCGGAGGCAGGCGUGCGCGCCCCGCGUCCGGGAGAAAUCAUGAAGAACCCGACGCUGGCGCAGACGUUCCGCACCCUUGCCACAGAAGGUAAAGCCGGGUUCUACAGCGGCCGCAUCGGCGAGGCACUCGUCAAGGUGGUGCGGGAUCUCGGCGGCGAUUUGACGCUGGAUGACCUCCAGCACCAUCUCGACACGGGCAGCGAGCCCGUGGAGCCCAUCUCGCUCAAGUUCCGCGGGCAGGGCCAGGACGCCGACGCGGGCAUCGAGCUGUGGGAGCACCCGCCCAACGGCCAGGGUAUCGUCGCGCUCAUGGCGCUGGGCAUCAUCCAGGAGCUGGAGAAGCAAGGCAAGAUCCCGGCGUUUGAGCCCAAAGACUUCAACACUGCGCCGUACCUGCACGCCAUCAUCGAAGCGCUGCGCAUCAGCUUCGCUGACGGCAGCUGGUUCGUCGCGGACCCAAACGUCAGCAAGGUGCCGGCAAAGGAGCUCAUUUCCGAGGCGUACCUUGCCGAGCGAGCCAAGCUCUUCGACCCGGCCAAGGCGCUUGACACGGUCGACCACGGCGACCCGUCAUCUGCGUCCCCCGCGCUGCGCAGCAGCGACACGGUGUACUUUACCGUCGCCGACUCGGAGGGCAACGCGGCAUCCUUUAUCAACUCCAACUACGCCGGAUUCGGCACGGCCGUGAUUCCUGCCGGCUGCGGCUUCACGCUGCAGAACCGCGGCGCCAACUUUUCCCUGACGCCGGGCCACCCCAACGCGCUGGCGCCGCGCAAGCGUCCGUACCACACCAUCAUCCCGGCGCUGGCGACCAACAUCAAGGACAGCUCGCUGCACUCGGCGUUUGGCGUCAUGGGCGCCUUUAUGCAGCCGCAGGGCCACGUGCAGGUGCUGCUGGGCCAGGUGGUCGGGCGCCUAACGCCGCAGCAGGCGCUGGACGCGCCGCGCAUCUGCAUCGGCGCCGGCUACGACCAGCCGGGCAACGCGACGGGGUGGACGGUGAGCGUCGAGGAGGGCAUGCCGGCAGAGACGAUUGAGGGGCUGAAGAAGCUCGGACACAACGUGAGCGUGGUCACUGGAUCUGGCCGCUCGCUGUUUGGGCGCGGUCAGAUUAUCCGCUACGUGGUUGAUCCAGUAGACAAUACACCCAUCUGGUCUGCGGGUAGUGAUCCUCGCGCAGACGGCGGCGCGUAUCCCCUAUAA